UUUUCGGCCUUUUCGAUUGUAAAAGCAUAAAAAAGUGCAUGGUAUCGAAGCUUUACCACCUCCAUCAGCAGGCGACGGCAAAAAAAUCUUGAAAUAACAAAAUGGCUUCAUUCUUGGCACGAACUGGCGGCCCCCUUAUCGAAACCGUUAGGCCAGCGGCCGUGAAAAAGAUUCUUGGCCUGGCUCCCAUCGCCGUCCAGCAGCUGAGGAACCUCAAUGUCCAGGAACACGUUUCAUACAGUCUCCUUAAUGAGGCCAAGAUCCCAACACCUCGUUUCGCUGUUGCCAAGAACGGCAAGGAGGCCAACGAUAUUGCCACCAAGCUGAAGACCGACAACCUGGUGCUGAAGGCACAAGUUUUGGCCGGAGGACGUGGCAAGGGAACCUUUAAGAAUGGCCUAAAGGGAGGUGUGCGUGUGGUCUACGACCCCCAGACCGCUGAGGAACUUUCCAGCAAGAUGAUCGAUCAGCUUCUGGUCACCAAGCAAACAGGAGCAGCCGGUCGUAUCUGCAAGAAGGUGAUGGUGGCCGAGAGGAAGUUCCCCCGUCGUGAGUUCUACUUCGCCGUGAUGAUGGAGCGUGCCUUUAACGGUCCCGUCCUGAUCGCCUCCAAGGAGGGUGGUGUUGAUAUCGAGGAGGUGGCUGCCAGCAGUCCCGAUGCCAUUCUGUACGAACCCAUCGAUAUUGGCACUGGUUUGACCACUGAACAGGCCGAAAAGAUCGUCAAGAAGGUUGGUCUGGGCGGUGAUGGCGAGGACACACAUGUCCAGAUGCUGAUGAACCUGUAUGACCUGUUCGUCAAGAAGGAUGCCCUCUUGGUGGAGAUCAAUCCCUAUGCCGAGGAUGCCAUGUCCGGCUGCUUCUUCGCAUUGGACGCCAAGCUGCGUUUCGAUGACAAUGCCGAGUUCCGUCAGAAGGAGCUGUUUGCGCUCCGCGAUUGGACCCAGGAGGACCCCAAGGAAGUCGAGGCUGCCAAGUACAAUCUGAACUACAUUGCCCUAGACGGCACCAUCGGCUGCAUGGUGAACGGAGCCGGUCUGGCCAUGGCCACCAUGGAUAUCAUUAAGUUGUACGGUGGCGAACCGGCCAAUUUCCUGGAUGUCGGUGGUGGUGCCACUGCCGAGGCGGUCAAGGCCGCCUUUAAGAUUAUCACAUCCGACCCGAAGGUGCUUUGCAUUCUGGUCAACAUCUUCGGUGGCAUUAUGCGAUGUGAUGUCAUUGCCGAGGGCAUCAUUUCCGCCACCAAGGAUCUGAAUCUGAACAUGCCCGUGGUGGUGCGUCUUCAGGGAACCAAAGUCAAGGAAGCCCGUGAAUUGAUUCGCACAUCUGGACUGAAAAUUCUGGCCCGCGAUGAUCUGGACAAGGCUGCCGAUCUCGCAGUGCACUUGGCGCAAAUCGUUAAACUGGCCCGCGAAAUGAAGAUGGACGUGAACUUCGAGAUUCCCGAUGCCCAAAAGGGUAAGGGCGAUUGCAAGAAAGGUCAGAAGAAGGCGGACAGUAAGAAGUCAGAAAAGAAAGAUGACAAGAAAUCUGAUUGCACAAAGAAAGAGGAAAAGAAAAAGGAAGAAAAGAAAGACAUUUGCGCAAAGAAAGAAUCGUCUGACACGAAAGGUAAAAAGUAAAGGUAGACAAGUUUUGUAAUAAACAAUGCAGGAUCGAGCCGGAUGUGUUUAAAAGUUAAACCAUCAAUGAGAAGGAAGCCAUUGUUGAAAUUCAAAAUCCAAACUUGCCACAAGCGUUUCAUUGUUAAAAUUUUUACUCUCAAAUUUCAGAUGUAAACUUCUGACCAAAUUAUUCCCACGACAUUUUUAAAGAUUUUCGUAA